AUGCUAAUUUGUGGCAAUUCAGGGUCGGGUAAAACAAAUCUACUUUACCACAUCCUUAUGAAACCAUUAGUCUACUAUGAUCAGAUCCAUUUAUACGGUAAGAACUUGGAACAGGAAAAGUAUCGACACAUGAUAGAAAAAAUGAAUGACAUUAGUAGCCAGGUUGGAUAUGACAUAAUGCAUUGCAAUAAUGAUGACAUCAAACCUGUAAAUAGUCUGGAGAGCGAUGCCCAGAAAAUUGUAAUAUUUGAUGACUUCAUUUGUGAUAAAAACCAAAAGCUGCUUAUCGAUUAUUUCAUUCAAGGCCGUCAUAAGAACUGCAGUGUUAUUUACCUUUCGCAAUCAUUUUAUAAAACUCCAAAAGAUAUCAGACUAAACUACAGUCAUUAUGUUAUUUAUGAUUUCCCGAGCAGUAAUGAGAGAAAUAUGAUCUCUAGAGAGCUGAAUGUGACAAAGGAUCAAUAUAUUAAAGCAACAAAACAACCAUACUCAUUCCUGUAUGUUGACAAACCAAUGAAGACUGUCAAAAGAAACUUUUUUGGGAAUAUAUAA